CAGCUUUCUCCCGAGACGAGCUAGGGAGGAGACCAAGUGUGGAGCCUGGCAGGAGGGCUUCCAGGGCUGGCGGGGCGCUCCAGACGUCCUGAACAACUGCCCGUGGCUCGUGCUCCUGCGGGUCCGCGGGACCUGAGCCUGCCGGGCCCAUGGCGGCAUCCGCAGCUCUGUCAGCUGCUGCUGCGGCAGCGGCCCUAUCCGGCCUGACCUUGCGACUUUCGCGCUUGGCCGGAUCCCGCGCCUCCUAUGGCGCCUUCUGCAAGGGGCUCACGCGCACGCUGCUCACCUUCUUUGACCUGGCCUGGCGGCUGCGCAUGAACUUCCCCUACUUCUACAUCGUGGCCUCGGUGAUGUUCAACGUCCGCCUGCAGGUGAGGAUCGAGUGAGCGCCUGUGGCCACAGCGGCCGCGGGAGGGUGCCGCCCCCACCCGCCCGCCCGCCCGCAUGGAGGACGGCCGGGCCGCCCAGGUCGCGGGGACGCGGCGCGAAAAGGAGGAGGGGUGGCCCGGGCCCCUGGACCCAAGAGCUGCCCGAGAGGACGCUGGCCACCGAGCCCCCAGGGCCACGGAACCGCGGACCCGGGCGUGACCUGCGCACACGCGUGGCAGCCAGUGCAGCAUCGCACAGAAACGGACAAAACGGACCCUGUCCGUGGGGCUCCAGAAAAUUAUCCGAGUACAGCCGACCUGUUGCCUCACAUUGGCCAAGUUGGAAACCAGAAGGAAAUGCUGCUGCGGGGACUUGCUUUGACUGGUCUCAACCAAAAAGGAACCAGUGUUUGUAGCCAGUGACUCACCUCUUCUCCGGCCUCGUCAAGAGUCAAAUCUGUGCCCAAGGACCCCCUGCCCCUAGAGCUUCCUGGUCGCAGCUGAGUGAAGGGCCUGGCUGAGGAGGAGAUGAAGGGCCUGCUGGCAGAGGCCCCGAGGCUCGGAUCCCUCACACCCAGGAUCACACAGGAGACUCCUCCAGAUGGGCUUGGACUGGUCCUGGAGGCCGGGCUGUGCUGCUGACUGGUGCACCAGCAUGGCCAGAAACAGCCCAGAGGGGAGCCAGGAGAGACCUGGCCCUCACCACCCACCCUCGGUCCCACAUCUGCUCUGACACUGGUUGCUGUCAGCCCAAGUUCUCAGAGCACCUGAGACUGAAAACCACAGGAGUGUGGUCAGCCCAAGGGAUGGUGUGGCCCAGUCUCACAACAUCUGCCCUACUCAGCUGCCCAGCUGGAGCCUGGGGCCUGGGUGAAGUCCUCCUCCUGCCUCACCACAGGACUGGGGACCAAGGCUCCCACGUGCCCCCUGCAGUUUCCCACUAACAGGGCCUGAUGGCUUCCUUCCUUGUGCCAAGUCACCUGGGAGCCCCUGGUCCUGGUGGCCCCUCCACCCCAGCCCUGUCCAACCAGGACCACUUCUGGGAGCCUGCCAGCCUGCCUGCCAACUCCAUCCGUAGCUCUCUGGGGACAGCCACAGAAAAAGGGGAGCAACACGGCUGUAUAAGAUGGGAGGAGGACCAGGGGCCUCCUUGGGGAUGAGGCACAGAUGUGCCCCUUUCAAGCCCAGGUCUCACCCUCUGGGUGACUCCAUCCUCAGCUCCAGCCUCUUCCUGGGCUGGCCAGGGAGGAAGAAGACCUGAGAAUGGCAUGAGGGAGGCUCCUCACUGAAUGUGUGCUGGUGUCCCACAGGGAGAAAUAUGUCUCUGAACCUCAGGGUCCCCUGGCCUCAUAGACCUGCUCCCUUGCCAGGAAGCUCUUCCCCAUCCAGGGGACACAGGAAGUCCGCUGUGGCUCUGACUGUGGUUGUCUCUGCUCAAAGGGAAUGGCUGGGUGUGGGGCCAGCCACCAGUCCUUAGCCUGUUCCUGCGCUGCUUUUCUUACCAUUUUGGCCUUGAGUAGUGUGAGCUGCUUCUGCUCUCCCACCUCCCUCCAACCCCACUGGGCCCUGGCUGCUUGACUGGCUCUCAGUGCACUUUACUUGUUAGUCAUCCGUUUCCCAGGCAGCAGAAAUUCUACGCAAUUAGAGACACCAACCUGAAUAGGAUAACUCAAUUUUCUAUAUGUGUUCACUCUGUGCUGGUCAGAAAUGUUCUUGUUUCUGGUGUUGUCAAAACUUGUUGUCUAAGUUAUUAAAAAGUCCUUAAGUUCAAUAAAAUAAAUAAAACUGGAA